AUGGCCCUUAACUUUGACUGUUUGUCAAACCUUCUAUGCGAGGAAGAUGCAGAUUGGGAUGAUGAGGUCACAAGUUCGAGCUUUCCCGAGGACAAGGUCGAGAAUUUAAAGAGCAUUGAGCUCGCUAGACUACCAGACUUUCCUGUUGAAAAGGAGGAGAUGAUAUCUUUGUUAGCAUUGAGCUCACUAGACUACGUUGAGAAUUACGCGGAAGUUAAAGGGCAUAAUACUCUGAGUCCGCUUACAGCAUACUUAUCAAUAAAUUAUUUGGAUCGCUUCCUGUCAAGCUAUGAAUCGCAGGUGAAGCCUCACGGCUACAUUCUGCAGUUAUUAUUGGUUGCGUCCCUGUCACUCGCAACGAAAAUGGAGGAUAAGGUUCCGCCGAUUAUUGAUUUACAGGUCGGAGGUGCAAAUUUUGAUUUCGAAGCUAAAGCAAUACACGAAAUGGAAGUCAAAAUUCUAACAACGUUGAAAUGGAGAUUAUGCUCCAUUACACCUUUUAACUUCAUUCGUUACCUCUUGUUCACAGUCAAAUGCACCAGCGCAGUGCCUCAAGACUUGAUAUCUCGAACAAUCGCGUUCAUUAUCAUUACUACUAGAGUGAUUGAUUUAUCGAUUCAUCAGCCAUCAUCGAUUGCUGCGGCAGCCGUUAUAUGCGCUUGUGAGGAGAUUUUAAAAAUAGAAUCAGCAGAUUGCAAAGAAGCCAUACUAUCUUCCAAAGCAUUCAACAAAGAGAAAAUAAUAAGCUGUUACAAUUUAAUGCAGCAGCUUGUCAUGGACAAUUGCUCUACCACAAAUAAGAUUUCAAGUGGCACGUCUCACACUCGAAACACCAAUUCUUCUAAAAGGAGUAAAAUCAGCCAUGAAACCUUGUAUAUGGUAGUGGAUCAACGGUGGUAAAAAUGAAAUCCCCCAAAUAAAUUUUAUUAUGAUUGUUUCAAAGUAUUUUUAAUCCGAAUAAGCAUAGCUCAAGAGUAAGUGAAUGCGUUGAUUUAAGUCAGUCAGUCCGUCACGAGAUGAAUGCGUUUCAACAUUUUCGAGAAAUUAAAUAUUUUGGAUUUGGUGUAUUUUGAAGAUAAACAGUCA